AUGCAAGGCAACAACAAGGAGGACAACAACAAAACUGUGGGAGUUAUCCACCAUGCCCCCAUUGCAAGAAGCAUGGACAUGCGCCAAAUAAGUGCUUUUGGAGACCGGAUGCAACUUGUGACAAAUGUAGGCAAAGAGGGCAUGUUGGCAAAGUAUGCAAGCAAGGAAGACAAUGAGGAGGAUGAUGAUCUACUCCAAGAAACCAUUGGAGCCGAUUUGGAGGUUGUUGAUUGUGUUAGAAGGGAGAGAUCUCUGUCCGAGAUUUAUGAAAGGUGUAAUGUUGUACUUGGUCACCCUACAUGUGUGCAAGAAGCCUUGAUGAAGAAAGAGUGGAAAGACCCAAGGAAUGUGGAUAAGCUAAGACAUGAACUUGAGAAGGAGUUUGAGAUGUCUAGCUUGGGUCUCAUACUUGCAAAUAUUGGCCAUGGAAUGCCUUUUUGGGAAUAUGGCGGCCAUGACACAAAUAUUGGCAACUUCUUCAACGACGCCAUGGCCAGCGAUGCUCGUCUAGUCACGGCGGUGGUGAUCGACAAGUGUAAAGAUGUGUUCGAGGGCUUGGAGUCUUUGGUUGAUGUUGGAGGUGGAACUGGAACUGUGGCCAAGGCCAUUCCUAAAGCAUUUCCUAAUACUGAAUGCACUGUGUUUGAUCUACCGCAUGUUGUUGCUGAUUUGCAAGGAGCCAACAAUGUGAAGUAUGUUGGAGGUGACAUGUUUGAAGCUGUUCCUCCUGCAGAUGCAAUUUUACUCAAGUGGAUAUUGCAUGACUGGAGUGAUGAAGAAAGUGUGAAAAUAUUGAAGAAAUGCAAAGAAGCAAUUACAGGCAAAGGAAACAAAGGAAAAGUGAUAAUAAUAGACAUGAUGAUGGAGAACAAGAAAGGGGACGAAGAAACAAUUGAAACCCAACUCUUCUUUGAUAUGCUAAUGAUGGUUUUGGUCACAGGAAAAGAAAGAAAUGAGAAAGAGUGGACUAAGCUCUUCUCUGAUGCCGGGUUCAGGAAUUAUAAGAUAACUCCCAUUUUGGGCUUAAGGUCUCUAAUUGAAGUUUAUCCUUGAAAACAAUUAGUAGCCAUUUGGUAAAAUAGUUCAUUUUUAGUUUCUAUUUUUUAUUUCUUUUCUAUUUAAUUAUGUGUAAUUUAUUUAUACUAAAUAUUAACUAAUGAUAGUUAUAAUUUAUUAGAUAUUUUAAAUAACUAUAAAUUUAAAGGGAAAAUAAAAAACCAACUCAAUUUGAGAUUGUGUUAAGUUUGGUGUUUAUGCUUUUUUUUUCCCCUUAAUUUUAUAGUUAACUUAAAUGUCUAAUAAAUUCUAACUACUACAUAAAUAAAUUAUACGAAAUUAAGUAGAGAAAAAUUAAAAAAAAUUAAAAAUAAAAACGAAAACUAAAAACCGACUAUAUUACCAAAUGGCACCUUAAUUAUCAACUUUCUAAUAUUUGUUUUGCAGUUGUCAAAAGAGUGAAUUUUAGGACUUGUUUGUUUGCAUGCUUGUUUAUGGAUAUAAUAAAAAUUAA